AAUUUUUCCACCUCUCUAUGGUAAAGUGGUAAUCCUUCUGAUUGUAAUAAUUUGUAUAACUCUCGCUCUCUCUCUCUCUCUCUCUCCUUACCUCAAGAGACUAAACAGAAGAUUAUUUAUCUCCGCCGCAAUAGUCCGAUGUCGAUAUCUAUUCUCCACGGUGAAGCAGUCACCGGAGAUCAACCGGCGCCACGGAAGCGCCACACGACGAGUCUAUCAACGAAGAUUCUUUCGAAAAUCCUCGUAGGUCUUAUCAUGAUCCCUGUAGCUGCAACCACCUUGCUCUUCAUCCUCAUGUCUCUCAGCUUAUCUCUCUUCUUCUUCUCUCUCUACUGGUUUCUCCACCGGAACUACCGCCACCGCCGUCGCGAAUCCUCAGAUGGGUUCUCUCCUAGAAGAUGCGUGAAGAGCCUUUCCCAGUUCAGGUUUUAUGAGCCGGUACAGUACGGAAGCGAGUGCGUGGUUUGUAUCGACGGGUUCAGACAAGGGCAGUGGUGUCGGAAGUUACCUGGAUGCGGACAUGUGUUUCACCGCAAGUGUGUGGACUUUUGGUUGGUCAAAGUCGCCACUUGUCCGAUUUGUAGGGAUAGGGUUUUACUUUAGAGUACUGUAAGAAAAUGUAGUUUUGAAAGUGUUUUAUAGUGUUUUUUUUUUGUUUCUUGAGUUUGUUAUGAUGAUCAUGUUUAGUAACUUUGGUUUUUCAACAUGUACAGUUUAUUUUAGCUGGAAUUCUGGAGAAU